UAUUCAAAACCAAAACAAUUUGGCGUGUGAAGCUGAAAAUGUCUCAGUUUUCAGAGAUUGUUUCGGUUUUUUCGACAAAAUUUCGAACCAAACACAGUGUAACCGUCCUUUGAUCUUUAUCGGAAUCUAUUCUUCCUAACUAGGGUUUAUUCAUCUUCAUCUUCUUAUCUCUCUCUCUCUAGUUCUGUUGUGUUGAUGAAACAAUUGAACGUGGACCUCCUCGAUUCUCGGACGAUCAUGGAUUCGGACUUCUCUCCAGGCGGUGGCCUCUCUGGGUCGGGUACUGACACCGAUUUCGCCUUCGCCUUCAACGACAGCAACUUCUCGGACCGUGUGCUUCGGAUCGAAAUCGUACCCGAUUUGCCGGAAUCCAAGUUGGAUUCCGAGGGUUGUAGCAGUAUCGCCGUUUGGGAUCGCAACAGAAAGCGAAGAAGAGAAGACAUCAAGAAAGAAACUGCUGUGGAUGUGCUAGUGCAUUGUGAGGAGCAGGUUUUGAAUUGUAACAUGCCGGAUACAGAGGAUGGUGUUGCCUACGAAAAUGAAGAUGAGGAAGUUGUGGCAAUGCUUGAGGAAACACCGUCAGCUGGUGGAAUGAAUACACAUCCACUUGGUGAUGAAGCUCCUCACAGCAAUAAUUUGUGCUGGAAUGUGGAAUGUUCAACUGUUCUUCGGGUCAAGACUAUACACAUCAGCUCUCCAAUUUUGGCAGCAAAGAGUCCAUUUUUUUAUAAGCUUUUCUCGAAUGGGAUGAGAGAAUCAGAGCAGCGGCAUGUAACUCUAAGAAUCCGUGCAUCUGAGGAAGCUGCCCUCAUGGACCUCCUGAAUUUUAUGUAUAGUCAUACUUUAUCAACAACCUCAUCUUCUGCUUUGCUGGAUGUGCUGAUGGCUGCCGACAAAUUUGAAGUUUCUUCAUGCAUGAGACACUGCAGCCGGUUAUUGCGAAACUUGCCUAUGACUUGCGAGUCUGCCUUGCUCUAUUUGGAUCUUCCUUCUAGUGUUUUAAUGGCUGAAGCAGUCCAGCCACUGACAGAGGCAGCAAAGCAGUUUCUUGCUGCUCGUUACAAGGACAUAACGAAGUUCCAAGAAGAAGUGCUGAAUUUGCCUUUAGCCGGAAUCGAAGCCAUACUGUCCAGUGAUGAUCUCCAGGUAGCUUCGGAGGAUGCUGUUUAUGAUUUUCUACUGAAGUGGACUCGAACCCAUUACCCCAAACUGGAGGAACGACGAGCAGUGCUAGGCUCACGCCUUGGUCGCCUCAUCCGCUUCCCAUACAUGACUCCCCGAAAACUGAAGAAAGUUCUCACAUGCAACGAUUUUGAUACAGAGCUAUCUUCAAAGGUCGUCCUCGAGGCUCUAUUUUUCAAGGCAGAGGCACCAUACCGUCAGCGUUCUCUUGCUGCAGAGGAGGCCAAUGCCUCUGGUCGUCGGUUUGUAGAGCGGGCAUACAAGUACCGCCCAGUUAAGGUUGUGGAGUUUGAACUGCCACGUCAGCAGUGUGUUGUGUACCUGGACCUGAAGCGGGAAGAGUGUGCGCAUCUGUUUCCAUCUGGUCGGGUUUACUCGCAGGCCUUCCAUCUUGGUGGGCAAGGUUUUUUCCUUUCUGCCCACUGCAAUAUGGACCAACACAGUUCGGUCCAUUGCUUUGGGUUGUUCUUGGGAAUGCAAGAGAAAGGGUCGGUGACUUUUGCAGUUGACUAUGAGUUUGCAGCGAGGUUGAAACCUACCGAGGAGUACGUGAGCAAGUAUAAAGGGAACUACACAUUCACCGGUGGAAAAGCUGUUGGGUAUCGUAACCUUUUCGGUAUAGCUUGGACUUUAUUCAUGGCUGAAGACAGUCUUUUUUUCAUCAAUGGCAUUCUCCAUCUCCGGGCUGAGCUUACCAUCAAACAAUGACUUACGAAUUGUGUUUAUAGACAGUCGCUGAUUUUUUAGAUGUCAGGCAAGGGGCUGGGUUAAAGAUCAUAGUAGGGGAGUAGUCUGUAGUAUUAUGUGAAAACUGAGUACCCCAGAAAUAUUAUUCAUGUAUGUGCUAUUGUUAUGUAUAUGCAGUAGUUCUCUUGUGUUUUCAUUUAUUAUUCGCAGUUGAUAAAUAGUUACUUCAUUUGAUCUGUUUUAUGAAGAGUU